AUGGAUUUCUCAUUAUUUCAGAAUUCCUCCUCAAUAUAACCCAAAUACACUCAUUACGCUCCAGACGGACAUGGCAGAGACACUUAUGUCAUAGCAAACAAUGGAGGUUUACUGAGUAUGGCUGGAGCUAAGAUUCCUCACACAGGGUAUCAAUAAAAGAGCGUGCCUACUUAAUUCUUUGUUAAUCAAUAGCAGCACAACUAUAGUUUCUCUCCAAGGAAGGAGCCAACAUCUUUACGAUACUAUGGUGAUGGAUCUGGCAGAGAUGGGUACGUGAUAUAGGACUUUGGAGGACUGGUAAAGACGUAUGGCAAUCCUGACACUCUGGGCAAUUUUUACAAGACACUUAGGUAGAGUCCCAAGAAUUAUGAUUAAACAGGAUUCGGAGGCACAGCUGGACUGUUCAAGAAGAAUAAAUGGUUAACUCCCAAAGCUAGAGAAAUAGUCAAGCAAUGCUUUAUGAACUAGAAGGAUGCUUCACUCAGAUUAUCUACUCCUAAAUAUGUUGAUGUAAGAGGAAGCUAAAACUUCAUUGAUAAAGCUGAAAAAUUAAAAGUACAAAGAGAAAGAUUCAAUGGAUCGCCUAUGCAUCAAACUGAGCCUAACAGCAAUCUUAAUACUAAUAGAGACAGACUAAAAUCUUCAAACUAACUUAAUCGAAGUGUACAGCUUGAGACUACAGAUAGAAAAGCAAAUUAAUCACUAAAUCUGAUGGACAAUGCUUUAGCCUAGAAUAGCAGACUAGGUAUGGUCCUUAGAUAUUAAAACUUGAAAGGUGGUCAGAGCAGUGGCAGUGGAGGAAUCACUUAAAAUAGUAAUCAUUAGAUGAGUAUCGAAAAACCAAAGAUUAAAUCAGAUACAGAGUAGAUUAAUGAAAGCUUAUAGAAGCACUUUGCAAAAACUCAUAAAAGUAUCAAUCCUAUAAAUUCCUAUAAUACUUAGCAAAAUUUCAACAAAUCCUUUGAUGUCAGAUAGUAGCAGCCAUUAAAGUUAUUAAGUUAAGAUAUUAAUUUACAGCAAUAUAAUCAGAGAAAGCUAAUCACUCGCUAAUAAGGAAAGAGACAGUAGUAAACUGAGUAAAUUGUUAAGGAACCUCCAAUAAUGGUCUUCACUCCCUAAGAAGAGAGACUAUAAAGAACAAUAGACAAUACCAGUCCAAGAUACAAUCCUAUCUACAAAGAUAAAUAUAACUUCUCUAAUGAAAAAUAGCAUCAAAGCCAGGCAUCAACUCAGCUAUCAAUACAGUCAAAUCAGGGCAUCAUUAGUAAAAAUGUUAAGCAACCUCAUAGAACUAUAUAGAAUGCAACAACCGCAGACAACCGUCGUGAAAAGCUGAGAGAUAUUAUUAAGAAUAUAUCUAAUAAUAAUCAAAUGGUCUAGACAAUUAGUAUUCAGAAGAAUAGCUACAAUGAGAAGCUAAAAGACAAAAGCUCUCUGCUUGAGUUAAGCAGGACUAAUGAUCGAAAGUAAAAUUAGUCAGUUCUUGUUUAUAAUUCCAAUGACAAGAUGAUAGACUUAGAUUAGAGUCCAAGUCCAGUUAAAAAAGAGAGGAAGGUAGUCAAAGGAGUGGGAGUGUCACCAAGAGAUCGAGCUGGAAUUUUUAGUACUAAUGGCAUCGAUAAUGGUCUUAGUAAAAGCAUCAUGCUUUGA